AUGCUCCAACCCCGAAUAGCGCUUCGCCCAGCGGCACAAUCCUGCAAUUGCCUCCUCUCCUCGCUCCGCAGCUAUGCCACCGCGACCACCCAUACACCGACAACCCCAGCACAGCCGGUAGCCACGACCCCAAGCAUCGGCUUCGCACCCCCCUCAAUGGCACCCCGGGCAAAGACGACCUUCCAGAUGAAAACCUACAAGCCACGGACGCCUGGUGUGCGACAUCUCCGGCGGACAAUCAACGAGCACCUCUGGAAAGGCGGGCCACACAAGCCCCUCACGUUCGCCAAAGUCGGGCAAGGCAAGGGCGGGAGGAACCACACAGGCCGCGUCACCGUCAGGCACCGCGGCGGUGGCCACAGGCGCAGGAUACGGACCGUAGACUUUGUGCGCAUGGCGCCGGGGAAGCACACCGUGGACCGCAUCGAGUACGACCCGAAUCGCAGCGCGCAUAUUGCGCUCGUCACGAACGAGGCGACGAAGGCGAAGAGCUACAUCAUUGCUGCGGAGGGCAUGCGCGCGGGGGACGCGAUUCAGAGUUACAGGGCGGGCAUACCGAAGGAUUUGCUGGAUAGUAUGGGCGGGGUUAUUGAUCCGGGUAUGCUGGCGGCGAAGACGGCGUUCCGUGGGAACUGUCUCCCGAUACAUAUGAUUCCGCUUGGCACGCAGGUUUAUAAUGUUGGCUCGACAGCGGGUAGGGGAGGGGUGUUUUGUCGGAGUGCGGGCACGUUUGCGACAGUCAUUGCGAAGGAGGAGGUCGGGAAGAAGAUCAAGGAUGUUGUUGUGAGGUUGCAGAGUGGAGAGGUGAGGAAGGUUAGCAAGGACGCUUGUGCCACGGUUGGUGUGGCCAGCAAUCCGCUCUACCAUUUCCAGCAGCUGGGAAAGGCUGGGCGGUCGAGGUGGUUGAAUAUCAGGCCGACUGUGAGAGGUGUUGCAAUGAACGCUGUCGACCAUCCCCACGGUGGUGGUAGAGGUAAAUCCAAGGGCAACGUGCAUCCCGUCAGUCCCUGGGGCGUGCCAGCCAAGGGAGGCUACAAGACUCGCAAGAAGAGCAACACCAACAUCUACGUUGUGCAAGCGCGCGUCCGGAAUAUGGGAAAACGCAGAAAGACGAAGACUUAA